AUGGACAAGAAAAGUGCAAAUGGCUUUUCAUCCAAGGACCAUGAUGGGGGAGUUCAGAAGAAGCAGCUGCCCUACUCAGUGGAGACUCCCUAUGGUUUCCACCUGGACCUGGACUUCCUUAAAUAUGUUGAUGAUAUUGAGAAAGGCCACACCAUCAAAAGGGUACAUAUCCAGCGCAGGGUGAAGGGCCCCAAAUUUAGUACUCUGCCCAGAAACUUUAGCCUUCCUGGACAUGGGCCUAGGCCUGCCCCCAAGGAAAAGGACACUGCUUGGUCUGGCACUUCCACCCUGGGACCCAAACCAAAAUCACGGGUGACAGAAGUCCAGCAGAUCUUCGACUUCAAGCCCAGCGAUGGGGGAAUGUCUAGUCAGAGCAACAAAGGAACAACCAGCCAGGGACCUAGCUAUGUUUUAGGGAAGCCCAGAGAGGAAGUUAGCAUUGGGGCUCGAGGCUUUGAAGAGAAGCCUCUGGGGCUCCAGGGUCGGCCAAACCUUCUCCGAGCCUCCAGCAUGCCCAUCACGGUGCAGCACCGGAAAGGCUCAGACUCCAGCAGUCCUGACCGAGUGGUGGGCACACCAGAGAAUGGCUCAUCAGAGAAUGUUUUCCGCGCUUCAUCAGAUAUAACAGACAGACGCAGUGUGCCCCAGGACAGGACAGGGCUGCACCAGCAGAUCACAGUGGCGCUGAAACGGGUUAGAGAGCUGGAAGAGCAGGUCAAAACCAUUCCAGAACUCAAGGCUCAGAUCUGCUCCCUGAGAGAAGAGAGGGAACAACUUCUACUUCAGCUCCAGGCCCAAGCAAAAGCCCAGGCCUCCACUUCAUCUUCUAUCUCAACCCCAAGGUCUCCAGGAGGGCUGAGUCCAGCUCCAAAAACUCAGCCUGAGGGGGUAUUUGAAGCAUUAGGCUCUGUGCCAUUAGAGGAGAAAAUGGAGAAGGAGAAACAAGGAGUACUGGAAAGCAUAGGGUCACAGAUAGAGAGGGGCAGGUAUGAAUCUGUAAAGACUUCAAAAGCCCAGAGAGAGGUAGCUAGGCCUUCAGAGCAGGAAGAGGAAAGGCAAAUACUGCCAGGGGACAAAUCUGAUGGACAAACUGUGCCAUUAGGGAAUCUACUAGAGCAUGCAAGGGAAAAAUUAUCACAGGAUGGUACAGCACACAAAUUAACAACAUUUAAAGUGACAAUAAAAGAGGAAAAGCUGGGACAUUAUCAUAUUGGUGGUUAUGAUGAUCUGGCUAGUGUGCAGCAGCUGCAAGGCAAGCUAACAACAUUAGAGGCUAAGCUAACCCAAGCUAGCCAAGAGCUAGAGAGAACUAACAUGCUUUUGGAAGUACAAACGAGAGAAAACAAGUUAAAAGAGGAAAAGAUACUGCAGCUGAGUGAGGGAGUGAGAGUGGAGGUGUGUGCCACAGAGAGGGAAAGCAGAGUGAGGAGAGAGAGCAUGGACAUGGGGAUGGAGACCGAAAGAGUGGACUUCCCAAGCCAAGAGACUGAAACAGAAUCCCCUGGUACUAUAGAUCAGGGAACAGACACAGAGAGGAUCUGUAUUGAAGUGCAUGUACCCAGAGCUGAAAGUGUAGAACAGCCUCAAAUAGAGACUGAAAGAGUCGCCACAAAUGACCAGGUUAUAGAGAUGGCAGAAGAGACAGCUGUUGUGUGCCUAGCAAGACCGAGAGCCAACAGCGUGGAUCAGGGCACAGAAACCGAGAGAGUUGAAACUCAGGACCAGAUGACUGCAACACCAGUGGCAGAAAGGAUUAACCAAGUCACAGAGACAGAAGGAGAGAUGGUGACGGAUCAUCCAGUGAGGCCAAGAGCCAGCAGUGUAGACCAGGGAACAGAAACAGAGAGGGUGGAUACUAUAGACAGGGUAACAGAGACAGAGGCAGCGCAGAGGACAGACCAGCAGACAGAGACAGAGGUGGUGAGAGACAGACAGCAGGACAACAAUCCAGCCAGGGCUGUAGAAGCAGAGAGUCAAAUUGCAGAAAGUGUGAGCAGUCAAAUAACAGAAGACAGAACUAUUGCAGUCAAUGAGAGAUUGCAGAAUGAGAAUACUUAUGAAAGAAUUGACGGAGAUAAUAUGGAUGGUGAAUGUGUGGUCACAAAUUAUGUCACAGAGACCUCUGGUAUAGUUACAGAGAGUGUAGCAAACAAAAAUGUAGCUUCAGAUAAUGUAGCUGACAAAGGACACUUCAGUCAAACUGCUGCAAUGAGCAAAACUAGAGAAGCAGAAGCUGAGAUUAAACAGAUCACUCUGCCCAGUGAUUCAGAAAAGAGAGACAUUUUGCCGCCAUAUACUACAGUAACUACAGAGAUUGUUGAAGCAGAGCAAACUGCAGUGGAGACUGUCAAGGACCAGCAAACAGUAGCAUCUAGUGAGAUGGUGUGUUUCCAGACCAAAAAGACUGCAGUCACUGACAAUACUGUAGUAGUAUCAGAGAAUUUAGCUGUGAAUUCAGAGGCUCCAGUGAGACCUCAAAGAGGCCGAAAGCCCACUACUGACCAGCCACAGCCUUCCCAACUUGAGCUUCAGGCUCCACCAUUGCGUCCUCGUAGGGGAUCCAGUGACACUCAGCCUCAGCCAUCCGAACUCCAGAAACCAACCCAGCCCAAGGCUCAAGUACCGGCCAAAUCUCAACUCCAGGCUCAAAAGUCACCCAAACUUGCUUGUGGGGAGUCAAGUGAUGCCCAAAUUCAGCAGCAUGAACCACAGACAUCACUCAAUGUCCAAACUCAAUCCCAGGCUGGGGCAUCUAGUGAGGUGCAGUCACAACUGCAACCACAGUCUUCUUCUACGCAACCUGUACCUCAGACCCAAUCACCAAAACCCAGUGAAGCCCAAACCCAGUACCAGACCAAGUCCUCUGCACCUCGGCGGGACUCCAAAGAACUCCCGCUCCCACACAAGGGAGCCAGUGAAUCCCAAUCCCUUCGUCAUGGGUCACGUGAAGCCCAGGUCAGCUCUACUCAUCGGGGGUCAAGUGAGACAUAUCCUCAGUCUCAGGGCCCUCGCAGGGGUUCCAGUGAUGCUCCGGCACUACGCAGAGGCUCUGGUGAGUCACAGCCCCUUCGCAAAGGCUCCAGUGAUUCAACCCAUCAUCGUGGCAUAACUGAAACUCAGGCCCCACGUCGGGACGUGGGUGAAGCCCAACCUACUCGUAGAGGUUCCAGUGAGUCCCCAACCUCGCCUGCGGCCCUAGGUCAAGUUGUAAACCGCAUUACAGGGCUUCUGGGGGAGCAGUGGGCACAGCUGGGGAGCAGUUCUGGAGCUCAGCAGGCAGCUGGCCAACAGGAGAUCUCCAGCACGCAAAAACAGACUCCAGGAAAAAGAGCAGGGGCAGGGAAAGGGGCAUCAGCCAAGCCUGCAGGUAAAGCAGCCUCAGCAGCAACAACAGGAAAACCAGCAGGGAAACCUGGCCCUUCCAAGAUGAGCUCUAUUCAGAGUCAGCUGGUCAGCUCCCUCAGUGUCCUCUCUGCUUUCUAUUCUCCUGGGCAGAAGGCUGCUGCAGCAAACAAACAGCAGGAACAAGGUCUCAAAUCCAUUAUGAAGAAGAACAGUGUUGCUGACAAACAGAGGAAUGGGGGAGCCAAGAAAAACCUGAAAUUUGUGGGAGUGAACGGAGGCUACGAGACCACAUCCAGUGAGGAAUCUAGUGGCGAUGAGAAGACCAGGGCAGAGGACCAGGAGGAGGAGGACGAGGAAGAUAAGGACAGCUCAAAGCCAGAGGAAGAGCAGAGCAAGGAGCCUCCACCAGCAGAGGAGGCCCAAGAGGGCUUGGAGACCCAGUGGGAUGUUGCAGAGACCCUGGCCCAGCAUGGCAGUGCUGUGGCUCGGCAGCAGGAGGACGGAGGAGGUCCACAGGACCCAGAGCCUAGCCAAUUUCUGGAAUUCCAGGAAGAGACAGCCACAGGGGGGCAGGUAGACCAAGGCUUCAUGGAUGCUUGCCUUUACGUAAGAGACCGCAUGGAAGAGGUUUCAUCCCCGGAUAAAGAAAUGCGUCAGGUUCUGCUGGCGCUCUAUCAGGAGUGGUUCAGAGUGUCCAGUCAGAAAGACUCGCUGGCCGACACGGUCACGCUGUACCUGCGGCAGGUGAGCAUGGUCACGCCCUCUCUCCUGCCAUACGUCGUUAACUUGACAGACGGCAAUGGGAACACGGCGCUCCACUACAGCGUGUCGCACUCCAACUUCUCUGUGGUCAAACUGCUCCUGGAUACAGGUCUAUGUGAGACAGACAAUGUGAACAAGGCCGGCUACACUGCAGUGAUGCUGGCUGCACUGACAGCUGCAGAUAGUCCUGAUGACCUGGAGGUGGCACAACAGCUGUUGACACAGGGUGACGUCAAUGCGCGCUCCAGCCAGGCAGGGCAGACGGCGCUCAUGCUUGCGGUGAGCCACGGCCGCGUUGCCAUGGUGAAACUGCUGCUUACCUGCGGCUCGGAUGUAAAUGCUCAGGACAGGGAUGGUUCCACGGCCCUAAUGUGUGCCUGUGAGCACGGGCACACACGCAUCGUUCGUCAACUGCUGGAGACUGGCUGCUGUGACACCAGCUUCAUCGAUAAGGAUGGCCAGACGGCUCUGUCGGUAGCCACAGGGGCCUCCCACAAUGAAAUAGUCGACCUUCUAAAAGCCCACACUGAGGCAGCAGCCUCCGACCCUCCCUCUUCCACAUGCCUCCUCUGAACGGGACCAACCCCAGUAGCUGUUUCUAACCCCCCAAGGAGUAUUGACCUCCUUCCACGAUACCUCCCUGUC